AUGAAUUCCGCACGGGACUCUCACACAGUCUCGGUAUUAACCAAUGGGAAAAUCUUAAUUGCUGGUGGAUUUAAUAACGGUAAUUUUUUAAAUAGCGCUGAACUCUACGAUCCAUCAACAGCACUUUGGACAUUGACUGGCAACAUGAAUAUGGCACGAGCCGUUCAUACAGCAUCAACACUACUCAAUGGAAAAGUACUCGUCAGUGGUGGCAUCAUUUCUAGUGAUGACUCGAAUAGUUCAGAACUUUACGAUCCUUCAACGGGAGUUUGGACAUUGACUGGUAAUAUGAUUAAUGCACGAACUUAUCACAGAGCAUCAGUACUAAGCAGUGGGAAAGUGUUGGUCACUGGUGGUAUCAGCAAUUCUAAUCUAAAAUUUGAUAGUGCAGAACUAUACGAUCCAUCAACAGGAGUUUGGACAAAGACUAGCAAUAUGAGUAUUGCACGAGCUGCUCAUACAGCAACGAUACUGAAUAAUGGGCAAGUUUUAGUUGCUGGUGGUGAGAACUCUCAAGGUAUUUUGAAUACUGCAGAAGUAUAUGAUCCGUCAACAGGGAUUUGGACAAACACUGGCAGUAUGAGUACUGGACGAAUUACUUAUACAGCAACAGUUCUAACCAAUGGAAAAGUCUUAGUUGCUGGUGGAGAGGGCUCUGCAGGUAUUUUGAAUACUGCAGAAGUAUAUGAUCCAUCAACAGGAAUUUGGACAAACACUGGCAGUAUGAGUAGUGUAAGAACUGCUCAUACAGCCACACUACUAUUGAAUGGAAAAGUCUUGAUCGCUGGUGGAGAUAAUUUUGUUGUUCCUUUUAAUACUGCAGAAAUAUAUGAUCCCUCAACAGGCCUGUGGGUAAAUCCUAAUAACAUGAACGUUGAACGGGUCAAUCAUGUAGCAACGAUAUUGACUAGUGGUAAAGUUUUAGUUGCUGGCGGAUCAGAUUAUAGUGGACAACUGAAUAGCGCAGAAUUAUAUGCAUGA